GACAACGUCGCACGUAAACGCGAAUUUUCUCCGCGUUUUUCUCUGAAACGCGAGUAAAAAAGUGAUGCGAAUGUUUUCCGCGCCGUUUAGAAUGAAGGGCUAAAUUGAUUGGCACACAUUUAUAUGAACGCGCUGAAAAUGGAUUUUUAAAUACAGAUUUUCACGAUGAGGACGAAAAUAUUUUUGAAGAAAGACCAAACCAAACACCAGAUAAUACAAUACCGAUGACUAAAUGCAAAUAUAAAGGUGUGGAAAGAUACCGAGCAUGGCAAACGUGACAGACGCAAAUUGUGUCCCUGGAGCAACAAAUUUUAAUAAAGCAUAUAGUAGAUUACAUGGGUACAUAGCUAUAGUAAUAUGUAUCAUCGGAUCCGCAACAAACUCGAUCAACAUCGCCGUACUCAGCCGGCGGGAAAUGGUCAGUUCCACAAAUUCAAUUCUCACUGGCCUCGCCGUCGCAGACCUUCUCGUUAUGUUGGAAUAUAUACCUUAUGCCUUGCAUAUGAACAUUAAAAUUGGGCCACAAGUAAACAAGAACACCUAUGCGUGGGCUGUAUUCGUUUAUUUCCAUUCGAUAUUCAGCCAGACGUUCCAUACGAUAUCAAUCUGGUUAGCCGUGACAUUGGCUGUGUGGCGAUAUAUUGCUAUUGCAUUUCCCCAGAGGAAUCGAACGUGGUGUAGUAAGAAAAACACGACAUUGGCAAUAGUAAGCGCCUAUGUAAUAUGUCCCUUCCUGUGUAUGCCGAUUUAUUUCGCGAUGAAUAUAGUGCCAAACGAAGUGACUCCACACAACAAUUCCAAAUUCGCAGAGGACUUAUCGUUACCUCAAAAUCGGACCGUGUAUGUGCUAGAGAUGUCAAAAAAUAAAGAGUUAGUGACGGCAAUUAUGUGGAUUUAUAGUGUAAUUUUAAAACUGGUGCCUAGUAUAGCGUUAUCAGUGCUAAGUACUUGUUUAAUAUCGAAGUUAAGUACGACAGAAAGAAGGAGGCAAAAAUUGCUAAAGAGGUCCAUAGUCGGGUCCAGCGAGCCCGAAAAGCAGUGCUUGUCUGAGGAAGCGUCAGCUCGUCGGACUAGCAGGACGGAUCGGACUACCCGGAUGCUGCUAGCCGUCCUUGGACUAUUCCUCUCCACGGAAGUCCCGCAAGGCCUCUUGGGCCUAGCUAGUGCAUUAGCCCCAGACUUUUUCAAGAACUGCUACAGCAUGUUCGGUGAUCUAAUGGACGUGCUGGCACUCUUCACGUCUUCAGUUAACUUCGUGCUGUACUGCAGUAUGAGCAGGCAGUUCAGAUGUACCUUCGCCCGCCUCGCUCGAAGAAUGGUCUACGCGGCUGAAGAGCCCGCAAAAUUUGGUACAAAACUUGAACCUACAACACAGGUAGGUCACCGGCCCUCUAUAGCGUCAGAUUCCCGCCCUCAUCAGGGUGGUGGAGGAGAGUAUUCUAUAGAUUUGAACAGGUUCUUCCGUCCUGUUUGAAUCAUAAUAGUAUAAGCCUAUUAUAUAGAUUAGAGCUAUUGUUACUAGAUUAUAAUUAUAAGUUAUUUGAUUGACACUUAUAGUAAGUUGCAAACUGAUGAAUUAAUCUACUGUGUAUUGUAAAUAUUUACGUAAUACAGAAUAAUUUAAACUAGUCUUCGUGUCUUUUGAGCCAAGACGCAAAAACUAGUGUUUACCUAUGAUACGCCUUAUUCUUCAUGUAAAAUUUAGAAUUAAAGCGUACCUAAUAAAAUUAAGAAAUUUCUUAAUCUGUGAACUACCUGCUUAGGGUCCAAAAAGUGUUUCUAAUUCCGAAUAAUUCUGUACAUAUUGUGUGUUUUUAAAAACUGCGUUGUGAAUAUCUAUUAUUAUCUCACAUUUAGUUUUUAUUACUUAAAUAAUUUUUAAAUUUUUAAUACUUUACA